AAUAUAAGUCAAAUUGUUGCUUUUCAACUGUUAUUAAAGUCAACAACUGCGUAUCAAAGCACUAGUCGUAAUUCUGAAAAAUGGCCAUCAAUUCAUAAACCCUCGCAAACAUAAACCCAUUUCCAAUCCACUCGAUCUCCCCAAAUUUCAAUACAAUCAAACCUUCAAACUCCAUUGAAUCUUCAACAAUGGCGUCAAACAUUCUAAGAAACUCCCUAAAAUCAAUCAACUCACUAACCCUACGAACCCUAACAACCUACCGCCGCCAUUUCAGCGCCGCCGCCGCGAACCCCACCACCGCCGCCGCCGAAGAAUCCGACGCAUUCACCUUCUCGUCCGACGGCGCCGACAGCAGCAUACACCUGAAGGCGAAAAAAGCGGCGGAUUCGUCUGUGACAAUGCCGAUGUCUUUCAUGACUGGUUCUAUUGUUGGAAAGAGAUUCUACAAGAAAGUGACAACGAGAGAAGCUGAUGAUGGUAAUGGGUGGAGUGUUAUGCUCGAUUAUCGUACCCUUAAAACCCCUUCUAAACGUCCUCUUAAACUUCCUACUCUCUCUCUUGCUAAAGCUAUUGCUGCUGAGUGGGAUUUCCAGCAAACAGAUGGAAUUAGACCCUUCACAAUGCCAUUGAUGAAGCUUGCUUGCACUGCAUUGGAACGAGUUCCUGUUGUUCGCCCAAAAAUAAUUGAGAAUUUGAUGAGCAAAUUCAGUCAAGACUUAGUUUUUUGUCGUGCUCCAAACGAUAACGAAUUAACCAGCGGUGUCUAUGAACGCCAAGUUGAAAAAAUAGAUCCUCUAUUAAAGUGGGUGGAGUCAGAAUUUGGCUACAAGCCUGUAGUGUACACCUGUUUUUUUGGUGGCAAGCAGGAUGAAGGUCUUGUAAAAGCCGUUGAAAGUCUAUUGAAGAAAGCAGAUGAUUGUGAACUAGCUACCAUUGAUGCAUUGACAUCUGCAUCACACUCUUUAAUUAUUUCUAUCGCUAUAAUUCGUGGAAAAUUGCAAUUAGGGGAGGCCAUUGAGUUGAUACGUCUUGAAGAAGAUCUGCAGGUGGACAAGUGGGGUCUUGUCGAGGGUGGUCAUGAUAUUGAUAUUGCGGAUUUGAAGGUGCAGAUUGCAUCUGCUGCUGUGUUCCUUGGGCUAUCAAGAAGGUCAUAGUAUCCACAUUUUUGAAAUUUUUUUAUCAUGAGUUGAUUGUGCAUUUUUUGUUUUUGUAUGCUUCGUUGAAGGCUGUAUUGUACUAAUGACAAAUGGACAACCAAUGUGCUGGAGCUUUUUGUAAACAUGUUGUAGCCUCUGCAAAAGUAGCAAGAGUAAUAAUAUCUGCUUCGGCAUUUCUGAGUAUCGUAACCUUUUUUUUUUUAAUACUUUAUAUUAUGCAAACAUUUGCAAAAACUGCACAAGAAAGGAAUCUAUAAGGGAAGAAAUAAUGUUGACACUGUUAUUCUUAAAUUCGUGUUUCAUUCUGGUUCUACAGGUGAAAUCUGGAAUGUGAACUAAAUUAUCAGUGUUGAAACAUAUAGGAACUUAGGGUAAACAUGUACUUAUCGCCGUAAUGGUUUCGUUAUAACAUGAAUAUAUAUGUAAGCUUCACCACUUUCAGUUCUGUUUUUAGUCAUGUGCUGUUGUACAAUGUAUAUUAUAUAGUGCCAAACGGUUGGUAGCAUGCCGAAGCAGCUGCUGUUGUGGCAGAUUAAGGAUCUUCAUUGCAGCAUUGCACACAAACUGGUGGUUGUUUAAUGACACAGUAACAGCAAGUGGUAUCACAGUCAUUAUUGCAACCUGUUACAGAAAAUCACCUUUGAGUUAGUUUUUAUGCUUACUGUUGCCAUUUGCAUCAAGAUUUUUUUAUUUUCUACUGGAAAGAAAGCUUUGAUUCACUGAUUGGCAUCACUUUCAUUUCAUCAUUACCUGUGACUGUGAUGACAUAUUGAGAUGAUUCCAGUUCAUGUGGCUUCAAGACAAAUGGAAGUCGGUUGGUUGCCAAGACAGCGAUGACAUUAAUUGCGACAAGGCUCAUGAAGAAGUAAGCUAUUGCUAGUGAUUGCCUCAUAGUGUAUAAGAUUUGCUUUCAGUUGGAUUGCCUAAUACUGUCAAAAGUGGCUGGAAAAUCCAUCACCAACAUCUUUUAUAGGAUUGUUUUUGUACUUUAUAUUCUAAGGUUUCAAACAUAUGACAUGAUUUAUCAACAGUGUGGCUUAUUGUAUAUUGUAGUUACUAGAAGAGGCAUCUUUUACUAGUUAAGAAAAACAUCAUGUUCAUUACAUGCUAAUAGGAAAUAUUUCAAUUCCAACAGA